UUCUAAAAAUAGAAAUAUGAAGCCGUAUAACGCAUGCGCAGUGGGAAUGUUUUUCUGUGUUUGCUGACAGCAGAAAGAGGCAGAAACUUACUAAGGUUUGCCUUAUAGUUAUCUUCAAUUCAUAGGUGAACUGCUGAGUUACAUUUAAAUUUAUAAAUCUCAGUCGGUGUGUGUUACGAUAUACUGGUAUUGACAGAAGAGGUCCUUAGUGACCUGAAAUCCAAAGUGUCACCAUGGCAACAGUAUUUGGAGGUUGCCAUGUUGUCCUUGACCUGACGACAAGUGUCAACUUUAAAAAGAAACAGGAAAUUCGUAAAAAGAUCACAGAAAAUGAUGGAAUUGUUUCCUACAUCGUAACGAAACAGAGUACUCAUGUCAUAUGUAACGACCCUGCUAAAGCAGACAUCAGCUACAAGUGUAAGAUGGCACAGAAGUAUGGCAUCCCUGUUGUGUCAGUCAGCUUCCUGUAUGACUGCGUUGAGAAAGGGAGACUACUCAGUACUGACGAUUACCUGGUUGUUGGCAAAACAAGGUCUCAGAAACUUGGCUCUGGUAGAAUUGCAGCUACAAAGUACCAGAUCCUUGGAAAGAGGAAGAAGUCCUCCUUCUAUCCUGGAGGAGUGAAAGCAUGGCCACUACAGGAAAAACAUACCCCUAUAUUUAACAGUACCAAAUACCAGGUGGCAAAAUAUGCAGUAUUGAAGAAAUAUGUGAAGAGUGCCGGAAGAACGUUUUUCUGUGUGCUGGAGGUUCAUGUCACUGAGGAACGUGACCUUCUGCCUGGACAAAUCUACAGAUUCAGGGUGUCGAAGCACCAUGGCAACCUUAAAAACAUCCAGGAAGGAAAACCUGAGAAAAUGGAAUGUUACUAUGUUGAGACUUCGGAGGAAGCUACCAAGAUGUACAGUUUUCUAUACAAACAGCAGACAGACCCCCCAAAUCUAAUGGAGGUGUCCCAUGAUGCACCUCCGAGGGGUGUGGGCACCUUGAAUUUUCAAAAGAUGAUGGUCACAUUUGGACUAGAGAAAGCAGAGUUGUCCACCCCUGUCUGUGAACUAGUAGAGGGGAUAUGGAAGGAAGCUUACUCUGAUCUGUCUGACAUCCUAACCUCACCGAGCUCAGUCAAACUAGAACAGAUUGAGAAAGCUGAAGCAUUGCUGAUGAAGCUGAGAAGUCAACCAGAAGACAAAGAGUCUGUCCUUAGUGAGUUCUACUCCACUCUCCCACACAACACUAAGGUGUCUGUCAGCGGGGUGAACAAUGCCUGGUUGUCUAGUGAGCAGGAUAUCUGUCAGGUGAUGAAGGACAUGCUGACGGUCAGUGAAGCUACCGGCUGGUCACUUCGAGGGUCAACAGAGUCCAAGUACCGUGCCCUUAGGUGUCAGAUAGAACAUAGAGCCCCUGAUCACCAUGUGUACAAGACUGUCAAGGCCCUCGUUAACAAAUCCCUGGAUGGGAGUACCAGACUGAACAUCGUGAACGUGUUUGAGGUACAGAGACAGAUGGAGGAGGAUAACUUUACCGAUGAGAUCUACGGUCAGACACUUUUGUUUCACGCCUCCAAACCCAACAACUUUGUUGGGAUCCUGUCCAGGGGUCUACUGAUGCCAAAGAUGGUUGUGGACGACUUCGGAGGGAAGAGGACAGAUGCUGGAAUGUUGGGAGCAGGCAUCUACUUUGCGAGUGCUGCCAGUACGAGUGUUAAGUACUCACAGGUCAGUAAGAGUCGGGGUACGAGGAUGAUGCUGGUUAAUAAGGUGGCUCUGGGUAAAUGUAUGGACCUGUAUAAACACGACCAGACACUCACCAAGGCUCCAGACGGUUACUUCAGUGUCCACGGUGUGGCAAAGACAUCGAACAAACCAUCAGACUUCACGGAGGAUGAGUAUGUAGUGUACUCGCCAGACCAACAGAAGAUGUGCUACCUGGUGGAGUUUACUGUUGGUAGUGAGAUACCUAAACCAAUGGACAUUGUACCAACAGAGGACGCCAUGGAUAUGAACACCCAAGCUACAUUUGACAAAAUCAAUCUAAAAGAUGUGAAAGAUGUAUUGGACCCCAUGUCAAAGGUCAAAUCGGGACUGGUGGCUGAUGGGAAGGAAGUUAAUCCUGUGGAACUAGAGGAUGUAAAUGUAUUUGCUAAAAUGAUGGAUCUUGUGGCAGAGGUGAAGGUCUUACAAGUUUACCACAACAAGAGUAACGAAAUGUUGGAGGGGAAGUAUGUGUUCCCUCUAGACGAGAUGGCCGCAGUGUGUGGGUUUGAAGCUUACAUCAAUGACAAGCAUGUGGUAGGGGAGGUGAAGGAAAAAGAGACGGCACACAAGGAGUACAAGAAGGCCAUUAGUGAGGGCCAUGGAGCCUACCUCAUGGACCAGGACGAAGAAUCACCGGAUGUUUUUACUGUAAGUGUGGGGAAUGUUCCUGCCAAAGCUACUGUUGUCAUCAAGAUCACCUAUGUCACAGAGCUGCAGGUUGAAGGUGACCUUGUCAGCUUCCGUCUCCCAGGCACCUUAGCACCAUGGAAACAGAACUCUCAGAACACUGAGGAUAUCGAAUGCACUGUCAUGGUAGCUGUGGACAUGCCCUUUGACCUCAAAAAUAUCCACAGCCCAACUCACAAAAUUAUGAUUGCGGAUUUCGAUGGCGGUAAAGCAAAGAGAGUAGACAGCAGAAAGCUCAAAGGAUCUACAGCUCUCGUGGUGAUGGAUCCAGAUCUACAAAUAGGUGAGGGUUUCCAUCUGCUUCUGGAGUUAGCCGAGGCUCAUGUCCCUCGCAUGUGGGUGGAGCAGAACGAAGAAAAUACGUCUAAUCAGGCAUGCAUGUUGACAUUCUAUCCGGAGUUUGAAGCUUGUGAGGACAAUCAGGCAGAGGUUAUCCUCAUGCUGGAUCUGUCCAACUCCAUGACGGAUAAGGGACUGACUGAGGCCAAGAAAGUGCUCCUCCUCAUCCUACACUACCUACCCAAAACAUGGACAUUCAAUGUCAUCAUCUUCGGGACAACUUUUCGUGAACUUUUCCCAUCGAGCCAACCAAAGAACAAAUCCAAUGCCACGGCAGCUGAAGUUCUGAUACAGUCUGUGGAUGCAAAUAUGGGAAAUACGGAUUUGUACCGACCUUUACACUCAUUUUACCUCCUCAAACCGGAGAACACAUUACGGAACAUUUUCCUUGUGUCUGACGGGCAUAUCAACCAUCAAGAUGUUACCAUGGAUACAGUGCACAAAAACUCCCAGCAUACACGAGUGUUCACAUUUGGUGUUAGCAAUGUGAUGAACCGUCACCUGCUUGGAGCACUGGCUCGCGUCGGGUCAGGGGCUUUUGAGGGAUUUGACAGUAAAGUGAAAUCAAAGUGGGAAGACAAGGUAAAGUCACAGAUUGCUAAAGCAGGACAGCCUGGGUUGACCUCAGUGGCCGUCUCUUGGCAACAGGAAGAUGGUGCUCCGCCUCCAAAACAAGCACCCAAUCAAAUCACAGCUCUCUUCAGUGGAUCAAGGAUGGUAGUUUACGGAUUUGUUCAGAACUGUUCAAGUGCAACACUGACCGCUGAAAUAGGUGACCAAGAGAUAACAGCUUUAGUGACGAAAUCUGACCGCUACGUUACCAAAGGAAAGAUUCUGCACCGUUUGGCAGCUAAAGCAAUCAUCCGCGACUGGGAGGACGGACUUCUAUCACCUGAUGGCCUCAAUCAGCAGAGGAUGAAGAUGGACUUGAAAGACUAUGUUAUAAAGCUGAGCAAGGAGUUCUGUAUAGUGACUCAGCUAACAAGCUUCAUUGCAGUGGAAAAACGAGAAAAGGAUGAAAAAAUGACCUCCGCUCCAGAUAUUGAGGAACUUUUGGAAACAGAACAUCGAGAUGUGUGUGCGUUUCUUGGUCCAGACAUUAGUCCAGAUGAGUUGAUGGACGUUCUUUCAUCGGAUGAUACAGAAUCUUUGCACAGAUACUUAACUGACGAAUCAUCUGAUGAAUCAUCUGAUAGUGGAGAAUUUGAAGAAGAGGGAAAAGGUCAAUCUUACCGACGUGUACGUGAAGUAGAAUCCUCGGAAUACAGUGACAUAUCUAGCGAAUGGGACGGCAUCUUCGAAUAUGAAUCAAUGGAUGAGGAAAUGAUGAACCGUAUAAUGAAUACAACGUAUGUGGACUGUUGUUUACCUCACAAGUCUGAAGAAGAAGAAGAAGAAGAAGAAGAAGGAGAAGAAGAAGAAGAAGAAGAAGAAGAAGAAGAAGGAGGAGAAGAAGAAGAAGAAGAUAAAGAUGAAUAUAUGGCAGCCCCUGUACAAGUAAAGAAGCUGGAACCUGAAUUGUUUACUAUGCCGUUGAAGAUGCAGAGUGCAACUUAUGAAGAAUAUGCAGAACCUUGUGAUAUGUAUGGGGAUGUUGAUAUGGAAGUGGAACAAUCAGAAGCUGCUCAAGCUGAAAUUGAAAUAUCAUAUGCUAUAAGUUUGAAUGUUGAUGCUAGAAAGGAAUUAAAAGAGCAGAAAAGUGAGCCUUUAACUUCAUCAUUAAUGCGAGCCAUGACUGCGCCGUCUGAGGAGUCUGAGGAUGACGAUAUGGCGUUUGGACUGUUUGAUGAUGGCAUGGAUUUCAGAUCGGAAAGGAAGGCGAAGCUAAAGGAUUCAGUAGAUGACUUGUUAGAUCUCUCAGCAGACUUGGAGACAGAUACUAUAUACAGUGCACCUUUUUCUGCUUCUGAAAUGCGCAUAGGUCCCCCUCCCUCAUCACAAUCUGCCAUGGCUUCUAGAUCAGCAGGACUUCCUCCCCAACCUGCACAACCUGCCAUGAUGGCUCUUAAGUCAGCAGAAUCUCGUCGACCUGCACAAUCUUUCAUAGCUUCUGAAAGAGCAGCACCUCCUCCACCUCCUCCUCCACCUUCAAAGCCUACCAUGUCAUAUGAAUUAGAGAAAGCUUCUCCUAAAUUAGCAAUGUUUGAUGUAAUGGCUGAUGAAUCAAGAGACCAUCCUCCCCCAGUCCCACUUCUUGCCAUGUCCAGAGGAGCUCCUCCACCUCCAGGAGGUCCUCCCCCAGUACCAUUGAAUGUCAUAAAUAAAGGCGCACCUCCCCCAGUCCCUCUGUAUGAUACAUUAGGAGGUAGUCCUCCUCCAAUCCCACAAGGUCGCAUGAGAGGUCUAGUAAGGCGAGGUAUUGAACUAACCCCACAUUCUGCAAUUGCAAUGAAAUCCACAAGAUCUCCUCCACAGCAGGCCAAGGAUUUUACAUCAGCCAUUCCUCCUCCCCCACCUCCACAGCAGGCCCAGGCUUUUACAUCACCUAUUCCUCCUCCCCCACCUGAUCAACAGCAGGCCCAGGCUUUUACAUCCACCAUUCCUCCUCCCCCACCUCAACAGCAGGCCCAGGCUUUUACAUCGCCUAUUCCUCCUCCCCCACCUCCACAGCAGGCUAAGACUUUUAUAUCAGCAGGGUCCUCUCCCCCUAAGUCAGUAUCACAACCUCCCAUCUUUGCCCGUAAAAUGUCUUCCGAAAAGAAUUCCUUCAAGAGUGAUGCAAAUGUAUCCAUUGCUGUGCCUCUAUCUUUAGACUUGGACCUUCUUGAGGUUGAAUCAUCAACCAGUAUGCCAAGUGUUGAAGAAAAGAGUGUUGUCAUUGAGGAGGAACAACCAAAAAAUCCUUACAGAAAGAAAAAGAAACAGGUGGCAAAGGACACUUCUGUUUCCUGGAGGUCAUGUGAGAAGUCGUAUCCCCUUGAACAGACUCGUGGGCAGUUUUCAUCACAGUGUGAUGAGCAGAGUGAACCAGCUGAUGGAAAAAGGGAAAGCCAAGUAUCACCUGAACAUUAUGCUAAAACAAGGCAUAUGUUCAUGAAGGAGAAAGCGUCAUAUGCAGCGCCAGAACCAGUUCUAAUGCGAGGGAUGCCACAAUCUUUAAGGAAAUCACGUGGAGGUGCAGUCGAAAGGUCCAAAGUGUCGGGCUGUAUGGGCUCUAGUCCACAACCAUAUGAUGACUCCAGGGAGAGAAGAUAUCGAGGUCUACAUGUGGAUGGAGAUUGGUUCCAGGAUCUGGAAACGCCACAAGAACAGCGAGGAUUUUUUGCUAAAGUUAAAACAAGAAAAAGCAUGACUGAAAAACCACAGGAUCUUUCAGAUAUUGGAACAAAGAUGCCAAUCAUUGCCAAAUCAGCCAAGAAAAACCUUAGUAAAAAAGAACUUGAUACGCUUAAACGACUUCAGAAUAAACUAGGAGGAUGGACCAGGAGUGAGGUGGAGAAAGAACUCUUCAUCAAUUUGUCUGUCUGUAUCAAGGCCUUAAAUGCUGCUGGACUGAAGUCACUAGGAAUGAAGGUUGCUAUGGAAAUGGAGAAUGUUUUGGUGACGGCGUUUGUUGUCAUGUGGAUACUCAAGACACUAGCACCAGAGUUAUUCCCCCUGAAUACUUCCGUGAGGAGUUGGUCAGACACUGCUGUGGAAGUAGCUGCAGCUGCACUCGAGAUUUAUGACCACGAUCGGUCACUGCUGAACAAAGCCAUUAAUUACUGUAAUCAGAUAGAGAGGGCCCAUCCAGGUGUAUCUUCUACCUUGGAACUGGGACCAAACUGGUUUGAAGUGGCAUCAAAAAUAUUGGGGUUUUAGCUUCAAAUGCAUAUAUUAUAAAUAGCUGUACAUUUACAUGUACAAACUUAAUACAUUAUUGUAGUUGGUAGAAAAAUAGUUUUCUGUCAUAUUCAAGAAAACAAGAUAUUUUGAGAUUAUCGUAUUUAUAUGUUACAUAAGGUUGAUGCAUUUUAACAGUUGCAAGGAAACAAAAAACUUUUGUAAUGAGAUUGAUGCAACAUUUUUAAGGAUUUUUAGGUCACCUGAGACGAAGUCUCAAGUGACCUAUUCUAAUCGCCUUUUGUCCGUCGUCGUGCGUCGUGCGUCGUCCGU